CCAAGACCCACCCGCGCGUUGACCGUCAAAACCACCACCAUCUUCUCCAUUAUCACCACCUUCUCCUCCUCCUCCUUCUCUCCAAUGGCUUCCCUUCUCCUCCCCUCCCUCCUCCUCCUCCUGCUCGCCGCCCCUCUCGCCAUCUCAACCAACUCCGAAGGUGAAGCUUUGCAUGCUCUGAGGACCCGUCUCAGUGAUCCCCGAGGUGUCCUACAAAGCUGGGAUCCCACCCUUGUUAACCCUUGCACUUGGUUCCAUGUCACUUGUGACAACCACAACCAUGUCAUCCGUGUGGAUUUGGGGAAUUCCAACAUUUCUGGACCACUGGGUCCUGAACUCGCCCAGCUCAAACACCUCCAGUAUUUAGAGCUUUAUAAGAACAAUUUUGAGGGAACAAUUCCUGAAGAGUUGGGUGAUUUAAAGAACCUUGUAAGCAUUGAUUUGUAUGACAACAAUCUCCAUGGUAGUAUCCCUAAAUCCUUUGGGAAGCUGAAGACACUCCGAUUCAUGCGUCUCAAUAACAAUAAACUUACUGGAUCGAUUCCGAGAGAACUUGCCAAAUUAUCGAACCUCAAAGUCUUUGAUGUUUCAAAUAAUGAUCUGUGUGGAACUAUCCCAGUUGAUGGUCCUUUCCCCACCUUCUCUUUCCAAAGCUUUGAGAACAACAGCAGACUCAAUGGACCGGAACUGCAAGGACUGGUAGCAUAUGAUUUUGGUUGCUGAAUGAACUAGACUGAGCUCACUUGCCAGCGUGUAUACAUACUUAAAAAUCUUCUACACAGACUACAGCUUGUUAAGCUUGACCAUUAUGCGAAGACUAUUAUAUAUAUAGACUUCUGGAAGGGAGUUAUUAGUAAAAUAUCCCAUAUGUUAAGCUGAUGCCAUAUAUAAAGUGAAAUUGUUGUUCAGGUUGAUAAAUUUAUGUAUUCUGAAUUGCAUGUCUUCUAAACAGAAGUGCUUUCUUCAAUCAGAAAAUUAAUGCUCUAUCUACAUUUCUGUUGGUCAA